UUAAUCUUACGUUUCUGUUAUGACAAUUAAUUAAUUGAGAAUUUAUUCAAAUAAAAGGUUUUUGGGUAAAAUUUUUGCAUAACAAAAUGUAAUUAUCUCUAUUUUUUACCUCGUUGCAAGUAAUUAAUUGGCAGAUGAAAUAUUUUGUCUCAGUGGAAACAUUUAAUUGUAAACUUAAAUAAAUUAAAGUUAUUUGGACGUGAUUGUCACCUAAUUAGAAUAAAUUAUUCAAUUAAGUUCAGAUUGCUAGUGAAGUGCGCGAGAAAACCGAAACUCCGCCGAGGGGGCAGUCAAAAAAGUGGUAAACUCCUUCGCGGCGGUUCGCGCCAUCUUUUUCCCGAAGUGUUGCGGAAAAAUAUCAAAACGUCGUGCCUGGAAGACUGCGCGAUGGGCUGCACCGUUUCGGCCGAGGAACGGGCUGCCAUCGCCAGGACCAAACAAAUCGACCAGACCCUCAAGGAGGAGGGCCAGAGGGCCAAGAGGGACGUCAAAUUGCUUCUGCUCGGUGCCGGCGAGUCUGGAAAAAGCACGAUAGUAAAACAAAUGAAAAUUAUCCACGAAAGCGGGUUCACUCCCGAAGAUUUCAAGCAAUAUCGUCCGGUGGUGUACAGCAACACUAUACAGUCGCUGGUUGCCAUCCUACGAGCGAUGCCAAACCUCGGAAUUAGCUAUGGCAACAACGAGCGAGAGUUGGACGGCAAAAUGGUUUUCGACGUCAUCCAACGGAUGGAAGACACGGAACCGUUCUCGGAGGAGCUGUUGGCCGCCAUGAAACGGUUAUGGGCCGACGCGGGUGUGCAGGAAUGUUUCGGAAGAUCCAACGAAUACCAGCUUAACGACUCGGCCAAAUACUUCCUCGACGGCUUAGACCGGUUAGGGGCAAAGGACUACCAGCCCACUGAACAGGAUAUAUUGAGAACGCGCGUCAAAACUACCGGCAUCGUUGAGGUCCAUUUUUCCUUUAAAAAUCUCAACUUCAAAUUGUUCGACGUAGGAGGUCAGAGGUCCGAAAGAAAAAAAUGGAUUCAUUGCUUCGAAGACGUCACCGCGAUCAUAUUCUGCGUCGCCAUGAGCGAGUACGAUCAAGUUCUGCACGAGGACGAGACGACGAAUCGGAUGCAGGAGAGCUUGAAGCUGUUCGACUCGAUCUGCAACAACAAGUGGUUCACCGAUACCUCUAUCAUCCUCUUUCUGAACAAAAAGGAUCUCUUCGAGGAGAAAAUCAGGAAAUCGCCGCUAACCAUAUGUUUUCCGGAAUACACAGGCGCCCAAGAGUACGGCGAGGCGGCCGCCUACAUCCAGGCCCAGUUCGAGGCCAAAAAUAAAUCAACCACCAAAGAGAUCUACUGCCACAUGACAUGCGCGACCGACACCCACAACAUUCAGUUCGUGUUCGACGCCGUUACCGACGUCAUCAUCGCGAACAACCUGCGUAACUGUGGCCUCUAUUAAGAACGAGAACAUAACCUUGACGGCCAAGGACGUUUUUCUCGGUGUUCGGAGGGUAACUGUGCCCGCCGCCUCCCCGCAUUCACCUAACCGUCGGCCGACGAGUCGAAAGUGGGGUUAUGUUUCGUUCAGAAAUGUCGCGGCGUUUUUUCCUUUUCAACCAAUCUCCUCCCCCCGUUUUCGACCGCACCGUUUCUUGAUUCACCUCUCGAAUAUUGCAACACGCACAUUGCCGUUUUACCAAGUCGGUUUGCCAUAUUGCACAACUCGUCCGAAUUAUCACCCGCCGUUACACGCGAAGGCGACGCCUUAACGUCUUUUGUGAGGUUAGAGAGUUUCAGGCUAGUCGCUAUGUGCGCAAACGCGCACGUUAUUGCCUUUGGGUAAUGUUAUCAUGUUAUCGCGUAUAUUACACAGCGUCUGCCAUACUCGCGACGUCGUAUUGAAACGGUACAUGAAUUUGUCGCGGCAUCAUCAAGUUCAUCAGUAAUUUCAUCGUUUUUUGAUUGCAGCAUAUCUUAUAUAUCGCUCACUGGGUGCCAUAGUUCCUAGAAAAUCAACGAUUUAGGAUAAUAAAACUUGAAAUAUUGAGAUAACUCAUAUCAACCCUCCUACUUAUUACAAAAUUUCUAGUGAUAUGUUUUUAUAUGUAGUUAUAUAUUAUAUAUUAUGUAUAUGUAGUAUUAUUCUCUUUUUAAAACAAAAAAUAUUUUUUGAGGUUUCCUUUAAAAUGUUUUUAAAUUUUGUGCGUUUAUUGUUUUUUUUUGCGCACAUCAAGUUCAAGCAAAUUAAAUUGCAAUAUUUUGAGAAAAAAAUUCUUAAUAAAUCAGUAGAUCAAAGUUAUAACAUCAUUUUAUUAUAAAAAUACGUAUAAAAAUGUAAUACGUAGUAACUUAAAAACAAACUGGAAAUUAAUAAAACACUAAAAAUGUGCAUUAUACACUUUGGCACCUAAACUCACCUAAACAAGAAUUAUCAUGGCAUCUAAACAAAAGCUGAUAACCAACUGACUUGGUUUUUGGAAAAUAAACAAAAAGUCCUAUUUUUAAAAGUAACUAAAAAAACCCGUGACAUUUCAGUCUUUGCCGCUUUUCAAGCUAUUAUUAAAGUGAUUGUGAUUUCUUUUUAAUAGCAUUACUUUUUAGGAUAUCCAUUAAGUCAUUAAACUUUUUCGUUGCAAUUGGUAUAAGAUCUCGAAAAGCACGGUCUAGAUUCACAUUUUCAAAAGAUGUAAAAGUCGCGCCUGCUCGCAUUUUUAUUUGCGUAAUGCUUAUGCUUCUGUCAGUUUCAUUAAAAGAUGUUUUUUUUGACAAUAUCGCCUGAACUGUCCCAAAUAGAAGUUUGAGUUACUAGCUUUUUAAAAUAAAAAAAAAUAUAUUGUAACUCACGACUUUAUAAGGAGUUCCUGUCUUCUUCGCGUGUUUUACCAACAUUAGGGUACACUGCGGCGAUCACAGGCAGUGCCGGUUGUGCGCCUAAGAUAAUUAAAAACCGCGGGAAAUUCAAAAGUGGCACUAACUCUCUCUAGCGGAACUGAAGUAAGAUAACUAUAUGCUGGUAUUGUUCAUUGUUAAAAUACAAAUGUGUGAGUUUUAUGGUGCACCCAGUGAGCGAUAUGUUUCCUAAAGAUGUUUUUUUAUUUCUUAUGGCCACACUUCGCGGAUUAUUCGGCCCCGUUUUUUCGGAUAUAAGUAAAGAAGAAGAACGCAUUACUUGGUUUGGGUGUUGGCUCUUAAUCACAGUAUAAUUGUGGCGUUAGAGUUAUGCAAAAUUUUCGCAUUAUUUCAAUGUUUAUUUUUCUCUUUAUCAUUAGCUCUCUUCCUCUUUCGCUCUCUGUAGUGAACCUGAAGGCUCACAAAUUUUCCGCUUCUUAUCCUUCUAUGAACCAAGACUAUCAGGACCAUUCUCGUGGAGUAAUGACAUUUCCAUUUCUUUAAACCCAAACGUAUCUCACUCAAGACGUUAUUGCAUUGCACACAAACACACACACACAGACACACACUUUCUCGUACAAAAUACAAUGUUGUGCCAUUAUGAAAAAAAAAUCGCAUUUAUUCUCGUUUUAAGGUUUUUUAUUCCCGACUUAGCUAUACAGGGUGUACCCGUAACGUCGUUUAGUUGACAAAUUCCUAUUGGUUUCGUUCGUACAAGGCAUCGGAUCCUCUCCUCCAGCCCGAUGUCCGCGCUGUAUAUAUAUGUCUGUUUAAUUUAGAAUGUGUUAGUCGAAAAAAACAGAAAGAAAUGUUAUUUAUAUUUAUAUAUAAUUUUUAUUAAGAACAAAGUAUAUAUAUAUAUAUAUAUAUAUAUAUAUAUAUAUAUAUAUAUAUAUAUAUAUAUAUAUAUAUAUAUAUAUAUAUAUAUAUAUAUAUAUAUAUAUAUAUAUAUACAUACAUAUAUACAUACAUAUACAAUAUUAGGGUUUUUAGUUGUCCGUUCUGAACGAUGUAUAAGGUAUUUGUGGACCCAAAAGCAACAAAGUCGUCUCGCUCAAGUAGAUUCGCCACCUGUUUCGAUCCGAGUGGGCCGCGACCGGUCGCCUCGUCUUAACUGUGAGGGAGGCGGACGGCUCGUUCUUCUUUUUCUGUCGGGGCGGCCUGGCGCGGUCGCCGCGUCGCGUAGAUCAACCUAAGGUUGUAGAGUGAACGGGAAACGUUGAAGAGAAUAAUAUAUAUAUUGAACUUAUCCAUUUUAACGUGUACAUAUAAUAAUAUAUGGCGCUUUACAGUAAUAUUUAAAUAUGAAACGUAGCUUCAGUACCAUUUAAUUAGGGUGUAGCGUUCGUGAGGAAAAUGUGCAUUUUCAGCGAGACAUUCCUGACGAGAUUUUUUGCGUUUUCGGUUUAAUCUCCAUUUCGGUAUCGGGCGCCCUGACGGCGGGCGUUGCUUCAGGGCGUCCGGUUACAAACAGGCGCCCGCGUCAAGAUACACUUCAGUCGUGUAAACCAGAUGCAAUCAUCCGUUUCUAGUUAACUGAGAGAAAAUAAAACAAAAAGUUAGCGUAUACAUGUGGUAUAUAAUCGUGUUUUUAUUACCUGCAACGAGGACGACGCGCACGCGCGUUUCGGCACUCGCACUUUUAUCGUCAAUUAAAACGUUUUAAGUGGGCGUUUACUACGGGUGGCGCACAUGUUUUCCGGAAAGGAAGUCCACCAGUAAACAUUAAAAAUAACCUCAAAAUUCCGUUCGUUGCAACAUGAUGCGCAUCAUGGGUGCUCGGGUCGAGUGAAAAUAAAAUUUUACAGUCAAAUUUGUGAUCGGUGGUCGAACGUAGAGCGUCCUAUUGUUACUUUGAGUAGGGUACUCAUGCUUUUUAAUAGUUUUUUUUUUACUUCUGCCCGACUUGGAUGCGAUGGUUGCCGUAAAUAGAUGUCGCGCGCCUACGCGUCGCCGCUCGUUGAAUCAAAAUGCGGUAAAGUCUGUUGUGUAUAAAAUUAAAUAAAUAGAUUUGUAAGUAUUUAAUGUUUGUUAGUAUAUCGAGUCACUACGGUUUAGUUUUUUUUCUAGUCAAGUUUUUUUUUAUUACUGUCACACUAUUUUCUUUCUGUAAUUUUUUUUUGGUAUAUUUACAUAUGAAGUGAAAAUAUAAAUGUAUGGACCCGUUUCAGUUAUUAGCGUUUUCCAUUCUAGGUUUAGGCAGUCCGGUCGAAUUAAGCUUGUCUUGGUUCAAUCGGGGUGCCAGAGAACUAAGUAUUUUUUGUGUAUUUGAAUCUAUACAAAGGAGAAAGUAGUCCAAAGUGGACGUAUUCUUUUCGUAGAUUUUGAAAAAAAAAAUGAAGUAAUAUGAUGAGAACUCGCGUUUCAUAAAACAUCUUUACUGCAGUAGUUAAGUUUCUUGGAUCGUUAUUUUUUGAUUAUCGAUUAUUUUAAGGAAAAUAAAUGUGUUCCACAACU